GGAGACCACAGCCUCAGGCUUCGUCAUCGAGGAUCUCAUUUCACUCAGCCCGCCGGCGCAUUCUUCUUCGCUUGUCACAGAAGUUGGGCACAGUGCAGCUUCAACGUCGCAGGCCAGCUCGGAGGUGCAGGAGCGAGAGGAGACGGGCGCCCAUAAAUCAUCUGGCCUCCAGCAGACGACUGAAGUUGAAGGAUCCUCUCAUCAAGGACGUCGUGCCGGCGAGGAGCACAGAGUCCUGGAUCUGGGUCUCCUGUCAAGGACCACAAGAGAUCGCCUACAAGCGGGUCAACAGUUGGUUUUCUCAGAGCUGAGUGAAAUCUUCCAGGGAGUAGUGGACACUUUCAGGAGAUGUACUGGGAGUAGUUACCCAAAAAGCUACAUAAGAAUGGCGCAACAGCUGAUCGCGGAGUGCCCUACGCUGAGCGCGUGCCUUGAAUUGGACCACUCCAGUACCGUGGACAUCCUGACAGUGAAACUCCGCAACAAAUUCACCAACUCUCGGAAACGUUCCUUGAGUCCAUCGGUGCAGGAGCGGAAAGCCAAGAGGAAGGCCUCUCUCAUCCCCACACAAGUUCCAGGACUGCCCAACUACUAUCCAGUGGUCGUCGAUGAUCUGGUUACUACGGAGAGAAAACUCAACAUGCUCCGACAUGGCGACGUCGACAGGGAUCAGCGCGCCGCCCUCGUGAAGGAGACGCUGCCGGCGAGGCGUUCCGAAAUUCUGGGAGGACCCGGAAAGAAACCCCAGAAUAUCUCAAGCCUCAAGAAAAGGUUCCCGUUCAUGUUUGGUGCAGAGGAGCUCUGGAAGGAGAUGGAGCUGCUGUCAGGACAAGUUGGCCUGAGGGAGAAGUUCAGCGAAGGUCUGAAAACGUGGCUAGCGGGCAUCAUGGCCCAAACGGAAUGCAGACGCGAGGACGCUGCCGAGACGUUGCUCCGACUGAUCGACCAAGAAGAAGUGAUCAUCCGGGACGAGGAGGGAGCUGCCUACCCGCACGUCCAGGAGGCCCCGGAAGGGGAAUGGUCUGUACUGGUGGAACGCACCGAGGUGGCCAGGUGCAGUACACUGGAGGAGGCGCUGCUGCUGGUCGGCGUGAGCUUCUACGUGUUCAACCAGAAGCCUCGCACCAAGUACAAGACCCUCGUCUGGUUUCUGCACAACGAGGUUUUUGGAAUGAGGAGCGAUGAGAUUAAACCGAAGGGCGCCGCGCUGCAGAACCUGCUGAAGUGCAAGCCGCAAGAGUAACGCCGUCCACUGCCAUCUCAUGUACUCAUCUCAGAGGGCUGGUCGGCUGCGCGCCGCCAGCAUCGUCGGGCGCCGCGGUCACUUUUAGACGGAACGUUCGUGCGUCGUUGUCGUGUUGUUUGCUGAUGCGCACUGUUGCGCCGCCGGAGUCGCGGCUGGGCCAUGCGCGCGCACGCAGGAGGCGAUUGCGCCGCCGCAGUUGCGGCUGAGCCAUGCGCGCGCACGCAGGCGAUUUAAGCGUCAGGGGUUCAGAAGUGCCUCGUUCCUCGAUUGUAGUUCCUAUGUUUCUGAUGUUUUUUUUCCAAGCGACGGUGGGAUGUACAUCGAUUGGUGCGGCGUGUGUACGUGCGCGUAUGUAGGUGUUCUCGCUGCACUGUGCAGCGUCGAGUCAGCAGGCGCCGCGGAAAACCAUUGCCCUUCGUGAAACGUCAUCCAAUAA